GAGAUCCACAUGCCCGCGCUGUCGCCGACGAUGACCCACGGCGGGAUCCUCUCCUGGGACGUCGAGGAGGGCGGCGCCGUGCGCGCGGGGGACUCGCUCGCGCAAAUCGAGACGGACAAGGCGACGAUGGCGCACGAGUCGCAGGAGGAUGGAUUUCUCGCGAAGAUUUGCGUCGCCGCCGGCGCGGAGAACGUGCCGGUCGGCGUCGUCAUCGGCGUCAUGGUCGAGGAGGAGAAGGACGUCGGCGCAUUCGGGGGCGCGCCGACGACGACGAAAGCCGUCUCGAAGAAAAGGGAGGAUCUCAGCGGCGGCCGCAUGUGGCCGUCCGUCCGAAGGCUCCUCGCGGAGAGCGGGUUAGACCCGCUGACGAUCACGCCCACGGGCGCGCGAGGCGCGCUCGUGAAGGGGGACGUCCUCGCCGCGAUGGGGCUCUGCGAUGCGCCGAAGGCGGCUUCUUCGAACGCUUCGAACGUCGCGACGACGACGACGACGACGACGACGAUGAAAACGCCGAAAACGCCGGCUCCUCCCGCGCCGCCGCCGAAACGCGAUCCUCGCGCGCAGGAGCACGAGGACGUCCCGACCACGAGCGUCCGGAAGGUGAUCGCGUCGCGGCUGCUCGAGUCGAAGACGACGUCGCCGCACUUUUUCGUCGGCGCGGAUGUCUCUCUCGCCGCCGUCGACGCGUUGCGAGCCAAGCUGAAAGCGGUGGACGUCCGCGCGAGCGUGAACGACUGCGUGAUGUACGCCGUCGCGCGCGCGCUCGCGCGGUCGCCGAAGGUCAACGCGACGUACGACGCCGCGGAAGGCGUCGGGAAGACGUCGGCGAGCGUCGACGUCGCCGUCGCGGUGGCGACGGACGGCGGCUUGAUCACGCCCAUCGUCUUCGACGCGGAUAAGAAAAGUCUCACCGUCAUCGGCGAGACCGUUCGCGCGCUCGCGUCCAAGGCGAAGGCUGGGACGCUGAAGCCCGCGGAGUUCAUGGGCGGGAGCUUCUCGGUGUCGAACCUCGGGAUGUUCCCCGUGGACCACUUCAGCGCGAUUUUGAAUCCGCCGCAGGGCGCGAUCAUGGCCGUCGGGCGAGGGACUUCGAGGGUUCACGUGAACGACGACGGGACGCUGGGGGACGAGGCCGUCGCGAGCGUGACGGUCAGCGCCGACGCGCGCGUGUGCGACGAGGCGGACGUCGCGAGGUUUCUGGAGGCGUUCAGGGAGGAGAUCGAGGCGGACGAGUGGAGCGUUUAAAGUAAGUUGUAGGCGACAUAAGAAAGGAUUUUUUUUUUCUUCCAGUCAAAGAUCUAAAGUG